AUGCCCAGUUCUAGCACUCAAGGCGCCGCUGGCGCUUAUCAGUACCCCUCGGGACACCUCGGUCACCUCUCCCCUUCGCAGCAGGCGUCAUUUGACCAAUUCAAGCAGCUCUGUACCGACCGCAAGGCGUACUCGCCCACGGGUCACGGUCCGAAGGGCGAUCUGCCAAGCACCGACGACGUUGCUCUUCUGAGGUUUCUCAGGGCGAGGAGGUUUGACCUGGAGGGCGCGUUCAAGCAGUUCAAGGAUACCGAGGAGUGGAGGAAGGAGAACGAUAUUGAGGGCGUGUAUCGCUGGAUCGAUAGAGAAGAGUAUGAGUCGACCAGGCGACUUUACCCGCAAUGGAUUGGCAGAAGAGACAAGCGAGGUGUCCCAGUCUAUGUCUUUGAGGUGGGCAACCUGAACUCCAAAGAUAUCGCAGCGUACGAGCAGGCGACGAGUCUGAAAGGCACACCUUCGUCCUAUACCGGAAAGACCCCCGCAAAACUCCUCCGCCUUUUCGCACUCUAUGAGAACCUUACCAACUUCGCCCUCCCCUUCCUCACCUCCGCUACCGACCGUCCAUAUGCCGACGUAACGCCCAUCUCUCAGUCCAACAAUAUCGUCGAUAUCUCUGGCGUCGGAUUGAAGCAAUUCUGGGACCUCAAGACCCACAUGCAGGAUGCGAGUACGCUCGCGACAGCACACUACCCCGAGACGCUGGACCGGAUCUUUAUCAUCGGCGCUCCCUCCUUCUUCCCCACCGUCUGGUCAUGGAUCAAGAAAUGGUUCGACCCCAUCGUUGUGUCGAAGAUGUUUAUCCUCAGCGAUGCAGAGGUCCUCCCCACACUCUCGGACUUUAUGGAGAUCCAGGAUAUACCCAAAAAGUACGGCGGCCAGCUGGACUACACUUUCGGCCAGAUGCCAAAUCUCGCGGCCGGCGGUAUGGGCGAGAUGGUGGAGUGGGCAGAAGGGAUGGAGAAGGGCAUGCUGCCGGCAGGGCCGAUCAAGUGGGAAAGGGCAGAGAAUGGCGAUAUGGUGAUGGUCAACGUCGGCAGUGUGGGCGGGGUGGAGAAGCGCGAUGUGAUUGGCACGGUCAAGAGGCAGUGGGAGGAGGUGCUGUUUCCGGGAAGAAAGUCGCGACGUAACCGGGGCAGAGAGCGUUGA